AGCCUCCGCAAAGACUCAGCCUAGGCUGCUUGAGAGGAAUUUGUAAAAAACGAACUGUGCGGUUGCCGGGGGCUUGUUGUUGUUGAUGAUGAUGCGGAGAUGCUGUUUUGCGAGGGGCUCUGAGGAGCGCCUUUGGUUCCCCUUCCUGAAAGGGAGGGCCUCCUCCGUUCUCGAAGUGAGCUCCGGCUCUGAUGACGCGCCUGCAUUCGCCUGCUAGCUGCAGUGUCACUGCAAUGGCUGAGGAGCGGCUGUUGGAUGCUCGCUAUGAGCUCAUGCUCCCGGGAGGGAGGACAGCCAGCAUCCAGGGCAUCACCCAGCAACGGCACCCUUCCUGUGAAAUGCUGCUCUAGCUCCUUCCUCAGUUAGGCUGAGUCUCCACUUUAAGGGUGUGUACAUGGCUCUUGCAAUGGGAAUGGCCAACCAUACCGAAACCAUACCCUUUUAAAUCUGUCUGCUAGGAACAGCCUACAGGUUUUAGAAUGAAGUGCACUGCAAUACACGGAAUGGCACUUUCUUCAGGUAAAGCAGACAAGCAAUGUGUCCAUCAUGAUGGAGCAUGCCUGUAAGGUGAAUGAAAAAAUGGAGUGGAACAGAACCAAGGGAUAGACGAGAACGGCAGGUUCUCUCUGCUUGGGAUUUUACCCCUCUUGUCACUCUUUCUCACGAUGUCAAAGAAGGGUGCCACUGCCAACUUUCGAGCUAAAGGAGAAAGACCUGAUGCCUUAGCUUCAUUGCAAGCUGCCAAUGAAGAGCUCAGGGCAAAACUCACAGACAUUCAAAUAGAGCUUCAGCAAGAAAAGAGUAAGGUCGGCAAAUUGGAGAGGGAGAAAAAUCAGGAAGUUAAGCAGAUCAAAGAACACGAACAGCACAAAAACAUAGUGAUUGUAACGGAACUCAAGGCGAAACUUCAUGAAGAGAAAAUGAAGGAGCUCCAGGCUGUUAGAGAAGGACUUUUAAGACAGCACGAACUUGAGCUUCUUAGAGUAAUAAAAAUUAAAGAUAAUGAAAUUCAAAGGCUACAGGCCUUACUUAAUGCUGUACGGGAUGGGACGCCUGAUAAGGUUAAGACAGUGCUGUUCUCUGAAGCAAAGGAGGAGGCCAAGAAAGGAUUUGAAGUUGAGAAAAUAAAAAUGCAACAGGAAAUUUCAGAGCUUAAGGGCGCUAAAAAACAAGUAGAAGAAGCUUUAUCUGUGGUCAUUCAAGCUGACAAAAUUAAAGCAGCCGAGAUACGGAGUGUAUAUCACCUACACCAAGAAGAAAUCACCAGGAUAAAGAGAGAGUGUGAGCGGGAAAUUCGCAGACUGAUGGAGGAGAUCAAAUUUAAAGACAGAGCAGUCUACAUUCUGGAAAGAGAGUUAGGGGUUCAAGCCGGGCAUGCUCAGAGACUUCAGCUCCAAAAGGAGGCUUUAGAUGAACAACUUUCCCAGCUCAGAGAGGCUGACCGGCAUCUGAGCAGUCCCAAGCGGGAACUUCCUCAUGCAAGUGGUGCAGGAGACACUUCAGAUCAUUCAGGAAGCCCUGAACAGCAGUUAGACGAAAGGGAUGCCCGGCGUUUCCAACUUAAAAUAGCGGAAUUAAGUGCAAUCAUCAGGAAACUGGAAGACCGGAAUGCCUUACUGUCAGAGGAACGCAAUGAGCUUUUAAAACGCCUAAGAGAAGCAGAGAGCCAAUAUAAGCCACUGCUAGACAAAAAUAAGCGCUUGAGUAGGAAGAAUGAAGAUUUGUCCCAUGCUUUGCGGCGUAUGGAAAAUAAAUUAAAGUUUGUAACACAGGAAAAUUUAGAAAUGAGACAAAGGGUGAGGACAAUACGGAGACCAAGCUCUUUAAAUGACCUUGAUCAGAGUCAAGAUGAAAGAGAAGUUCAAUAUCUGAGAUUACAAAUUAUGGAACAGCAAAACAUCAUAGAUGAACUUUCAAAGACCCUAGAAACUGCUGGCUAUGUGAAGAGUGUAAUAGAACGUGAUAAGCUUUUAAGGUACAGGAAGCAAAGGAAGAAAUUUGCAAAAUUUCCCAAGAAGCCAGUAGUGGAGACAUUUUUUGGGUAUGAUGAAGAAGCUUCUCUUGAAUCUGAUGGCUCUUCUAUCUCAUAUCAAACUGACCGAACAGAUCAGACCCCCUGCACACCUGAUGAUGAUUUGGAAGAGGGCAUGGCAAAAGAAGAAACAGAACUGAGAUUCCGACAGUUUACCAUGGAAUAUCAGGCUUUACAGAGGGCAUAUGCUCUGUUGCAGGAGCAGGUUGGAGGAACGUUGGAUGCAGAACGAGAAGUUAAGACUCGUGAGCAGCUUCAAGCAGAAAUUGAUAGAUCCCAAGGUCAGAUAGAGGACCUAGAAAAGGCACUCGCUGAGCAAGGACAGGACAUGAAGUGGAUUGAAGAAAAGCAAGCACUAUACAGAAGAAACCAAGAGCUUGUAGAAAAGAUAAAACAAAUGGAGGCAGAAGAAGCUCGGUUAAAGCAUGAUGUUCAGGAUGCUAAAGAUCAAAAUGAACUGUUGGAAUUUAGAAUUUUAGAACUCGAAGAGAGAGAGAGAAGAUCGCCAGCUAUCAAUUUUCAUCACAUUCCUUUUACUGAGGGGAAAAGUCCUCUCCAAGUCUACUGUGAGGCAGAAGGCGUAACAGAUAUACUAGUAGCAGAGUUGAUGAAAAAAUUGGACAUUUUAGGCGAUAACGCCGUAAGUAACUUGACAAAUGAAGAGCAAGUAAUUGUCAUACAGGCAAGGACAGUUCUGACGUUGGCAGAAAAGUGGCUACAGCAGAUAGAAGUGACAGAAUCAGCCCUACAGCAAAAAAUGAUAGACUUGGAGAAUGAAAAGGAACUAUUUAGUAAGCAAAAAGGAUACUUGGAUGAUGAACUUGAUUACAGGAAACAGUCCUUAGAUCAAGCACACAAGCACAUUCUGGAAUUAGAAGCCAUGCUGUAUGAUGCCCUACAGCAGGAAGCAGGAGCUAAAAUGUCAGAGAUGCUCUCAGAAGAGGAGAGAGAGAAGUUGAAGAAUGCUGUGGAACAGUGGAAGCGUCAGGUUAUGAGUGAACUCCGGGAAAGGGAUGCCCAAAUUCUCCGGGAAAGAAUGGAGCUCAUUCAACAUGCCCAACAGCGAAUUAAGGAGCUAGAAGAAAGAAUUGAAGGUCAAAAAAGACAAAUAAAGGAAUUAGAAGAAAAGCUUUCAUUCUUUGGUCAUAGUACAUGCAUCCACCUGCAAGGGCCCACAGAGGAAGCUAGAAAUCUUUCUCUUAUGGAACAACAUAACAAUGGUUGCCAAGGUGGGGGCGGGGGGAAAGACAUGGCCAUUUCAAGAUGCCAGACUACAUACUGUAUUUUGACAUUAAAUACUGGAGAUCUAAUCUUUUUGACCAUUUUUAUAAAGAAGAAAAAUAAGAGCUUGCGUGAAUUUUAUUUUGAAGUGAAGUUUGAUCUUCUGACAAGUGUAACCGUGUUGCUUUUUACAAACUAGUAUUAGAACUGUCAAAGAAGAAAGCCAAAAUAAUAAUAAUAAUAAUAAUAACCAUUACUGGCUUCAGUGAAGGAAGCCUCCUCUUUGCUGCUCAAGACAACUUCAGCUUUAUGUAAAAAGCAGUAAACUCAUUCAGAUGAAGUGAAUAUAUUUUGGUUCCCUGCUAAGCAGGCAGCAAGCUGCUUCUGUAAAGAAGUGAACAUGUCCUGUUUUGUACUUCAACCUUUGUACUCUUUAUUCAUAGUUGCUUAAAUACACAUCUUGAAGAAAGAUUUUAAAGAGUUCCAGAAUAGUCAGUGGUGAAAAUAUUAAUGAGUGGGUGGUUGAAUGGAAACCAAGAUUGUGUUCCAAAGUGUUUUUUCAGUCAUCAUAAAUGGGGCAGUUGAUGCAAUUAGAUUAGUGGUAAUCACUUAUGAAAUGCAUAUUUCUUUUCUACAACACAGGAAAUGUAGGGUGGUUUGCUGACUAUUCCUAGCAUUAAUUUUGGGCAAGUGUGGCAAUAAAACUGGAACCUUGCAGAGAUUCCAAGUUUCAUUGUGCUCAGAAAAUGCCAUGAAGCUUGUCUAUGACAGUAGCAGAAAAACACCACAGUACUAAGAUCAAAUGCACUUGAAUUCUGGGAUCAGGAGAAAUUAGUGAAAUCUUCAGCCUUCAAAGAAACUGAAGCUAAAAGAAAAUGGAAGUUAAAGUUAUUCUGAUCCAUAUGGUUGAGAAUGGAAAAUCUGCAAGACAAGAAAGCACAAGCAGUAAGUGGAAAUGGAUCUCAUGGACUGAAUUUUGUUUAAAGUAAAUUAAGAAGCAAAGAAAGUGAAAUAAUACAAAAGAAACAAACCACUUAAAUUUGUCAAGAGAAAAGGCAACCAAGUAAUAUGGAUUUACAAAUGGCUAUACAAAAGGCCCAUCAGUAUUCCCUAGCUGCUGUCUUUAAAAAGAAAAGCAAGGAUAGCACCCUAGCUCGUCUCAAAGUUAAGCACAUCUUUGAAGCUCAAGGAAUUACCCGAAGAUUCAAAUCAAGAAGUGGAUACCGCACGUUCUAACUAAAUAUAGUCCUGAGAGAUCCAUCCAACACCUGUUUUCUAGUUAAUUGUGGCCAUAAACUCACUAUUUAAGUAGUUCCAUAACUUGUGGACUAGAUGGGCCUUGGGCCUGAUCCAGCAGGGCUGUUCUUAUGUUCUUAUGGAUGAAUUGAGCACAAAAUCAAAUUCUUUAUUUCUGUCACAGACCAGUAAUACAUACACACAGAAGCCCAACAGAGUAAACCAUAGAAAUUGUAAUAUAGCAUUACAUUAAAGCUAGGUAUGUGCACAAAACCAGUUCACCCGGUUUGGUUUGAAUUCGAACUGGGUUCAAACCAGGAGGGGGUGGUUCGGUUUUGGUUUGUUCGAACCAACCCCUGGUUCGGUUCGAAUUCGAACUGGUUUGAACCG